ACAAAACAAAAAUACAACAACGACUCAGACGCGCCCGCUGCAAUAACGAUAUUUAAAUAUAUAUAAAAAAAAUAGUACUAACUGUAAAUUACAGUGCCUUCGAUAAAGUAAACAACAACAGUCGCUACACAAAACAACAGCAAAGAAAUCCGUUAGCUUUUUUCAUUUUACUUGAAGCGCGCAACAACAAAACUCACCAGCACCUAGCACCUUUAGUAUGCAAUGAGGCAGCCAGACAAACGCAUCGACAACGAUCGGCAGCGCCAAGUAUUAGUAAUAAACGAGUUUGAUUAAAGGAUGAAUAGCAACAACCUGCAGCAAUGGUGGGAAAACUCAUACCGACGACAGCACCAACAGCAACCGACUGUCGAUAGCAAUAUCGAUAACGAUAACGACAGCGAUACCACUGAACAGCUGCACUAUGCGCUUCUCGAGCAAAACAACUUUGGUGGGGACAUCGGCGGCAUUGAAGGCAGUUUUGGCGGUCAAUUGGCCAGCAGCUUUGACUACGAUAGCUAUGGAAACUUUACGCUGACCAAUCCCUAUGAUAUUGAAGCUGGCGCGGAUACUGAGCAUGCGAUUCCAUCAUUGACUAUUCUAUUGCUGGCCAUUAGCUAUGGUCUGGUUGUAUUUGGAGGCGUUGUGGGCAAUUCAACUUUGGUACUCACCCUGUGCUCGGCUUCAUCGGUGCGUUUGCGAAAUCCGCUGCUGCUGGCCGUAUGCAUUGCCGAUCUUUUGGUUACGGGCAUUUCAGCGCCAGUUACGCUGCUGAAUCUGGCCAUGAAUCGCGGCACAAGAUCUUUACCACUUUUACUAUGCAAAAUAAUACACUAUGUUCAGGUCAUGCCAGUGGCAGCCAGCACAAUUUCCUUCUUCAUGCUCUCGCUGGAUCGUUAUGCCACCGUAAAACAUCCGCGCUUGGCUCAGUUGCGUCAGCGCCGCUAUCUGCACGUCUCGCUGGCCAUCCUCUCGUGGAUUGCCUCGGCAGCUAUUAGCACGCCAUUCUUGUUUGCCUAUAAGAUAAUAGCCAAGUCGGUGAUCAUUAAGGGCGCCGGAACGGGCACAACGCCAAACCCAGUUAGCAUUAGCUGCACCUCAGAGUUGGGAGCCAAUGCCAUGUUCAUGUCGUUCAUCAUCUUUCAUACGAUUGCGGUAUUUGUGCUGCCCGGCGUGGGUGUGCUACUCAAUCACUAUGGUGUACGUCGCAAGCUCUGUGCAUUGUCGCUGACCGCCCGAGCGGCGCAUGGCGAACUGCCGUUGCCCAUGCCGAUAUUGCGGCGCCAGACCCACAUGGUUAUAGUUACGGGUUGCGCGAAUGCUCAGCAGGCUGGAUGCGGUGGAGCGACCACAGCCGAUGACACAUCCAAUGGAAAUGGCAAUGGAGGCGGCCAAAUUGCCAUCAAUCCGGGAGAUAUACAAUUGCAUAACUUACAGCCAUGUCGGCCGGGCUCCAGUGCAGCACUUGAGCCGGGCUCCUAUCGCUCCAGCAAUCCCAUUUCGCCCAGGGCUAUGCGGGAGAUUCGUGCUCACUCACAACGGCAGCGCAUUUUUCGUGCGGGGGGCCGCGGUCCGGCUACGCCUGGUAUACCUCUGCCUCAGACGUCCACAUUGCGAUCGCGUCGUCAUCUGGCCAAUAUGCUAAUUGCUUCCGCCUUAAUCUUCAUCAUAUGCUGGGCACCGCAUGUCUUCUGUAUAUUCUAUAAGAACUUCGGUUAUAAGCAAUACUGCAGCAAAACUUCCGUCUACUUCAGUCUGUUAUUGGGCUACUUUUAUUCGGCUAUUAGCCCGGUCAUCUAUUGGGCCCUCAACCAUAAUACGCUACGACAAUCGCCCUGUGCGCCUAUCAUUCGCCUGCGGUCCAUGCAAAAUUUCCUGCGUUCGCGCUUUCGCUCGCACACCGUUCCGCCGGCAGCCUCGUCGACAAAUGAGGCAGCAUUGGGGGCCUUCAAUCCUAAAUUGAUAAAGCUAACACCGAAGCAGUAUAGAGCUCAGGCUUCUUCGCAUUAUCUCUACUAGUGUGAUACUAAACUAAAACCUUAACAUACAUAUGUAUUUACUUAUGACACUCGAACCCAAGGCUAUCCCCGUUCUAAGAAACUCGAUGUUCUUUUUCUCCAUAGCUCUUCGCAAUUAGUUGACACAACUUAAAAAUACAAAUAUGCAAGCGAAAUUAUACAUAAUAUACAUAAAUACAUAAUACAUACAUAGUUUAUAUAGCUACUACACAUAGGUAGUUGUUAACGCUUAUUUACAACACAAUGUUAGUAUUCCAAACGUAUUGCAAUCCAAACCAACAAAAAAAACCAUAUACGAACUCAUUUAGUGACUUGUUUAAAAUGUUGUUUAGUCUUUAAGCUGUAACUAAAAGAAAUUACAUAAAUGCAUAAUAAUAUUGUACUAUGUUCCUUCUCAUAGAUAAGCAAUAAGAAACGCUUUAAGCCAAGUUUAACAAACAAAUCAAACUAAACAUGAUCUAAAACUAAACCAAAUACAAUUAAACUAAAAUCAAAUACAUAUUUAACAAAUCUACGUACAUAUAAGAAACAUUAAAAAAAAAAAAAAAUGUAAAAAAAAAAAUUGUAUAUAAGUGUGUCGAAAAGCAUUCUUUCUACACUUUUUCUAACAUUUUUAACGUUCAUUCAACUGAAUACCUGUAGAUUGAACACCUGCAAAGUUCAAUUUAUACGCAAUAGAAUAUAUGUAUGUAUUUCUUACUUUCCAAAAACUGAAUGUGUAUGUGUGUGUCUUAUGUAGAAGAGUUCAUUUUCACUUUCCACUUGGUUCUAUGUAUUGUCUCUGUCUUUGAUGUAACUAUCCAUAUUAUGAAACACAACAAUUUAGUGGUAGAUGUUCAAUUACGUGUAGAUUGAUUUCAUAAUUUACAAAUUCACUAUCGCCAGCCGAAAGAAGGAAACUUAAAAACAUAUAUAUACAAAUGUAGAGUAAUUAACUGGGUAACUGUCAGACUUUUGUCUAAUAGCAUUUACCUGUUAACUGACUGACGCUGUUAGUUGCGUUAACAUUACAUUAACAUUUAAAAUUAAACCUUACCUUUGACAUACUCAGCAAUAGAUAAAUGUGUUCUGUUAGCUAAUUCUCAAUAAUUUUAAACUAUUUUUAGAACUAUUAUUUUGUACUCAACUUAAAUUUCACAAAAAAAAAAAAAAUAAUAAGAAUCUAUAAAUGCUAUAAACAUGCUACUAUUUAACAGUUGUUUUGGCCGUCAGCACUAAUUUAAUCGUUGUUCGAUUAACGAUUAAUCAUAUUUAGAUAAUUGAAAGUCGUGUGAGUAUUUGAUGCUGCUAACCGGGAAGACAACGGGAUGGCAAUGGAACUUUGUUGCAUUAAUUAUUCAUAUGGCAAUAAAAUAGUCGGCGAUUUGCAGCAGCCAAAACAGUCGAUGAUCAAACGUACAAGCCAAAGCAAGCAACAAAUUUUAAUAGAAAAAAUGUUUUUAAAAUAUUUAAUGGUUUGUCUGGUGCUGGUGUUCCAGCUAGCACACUGCAUUCCAGCUAGGAAAUAUGAAUUCAUUCCGGCGCGCUGCAAUGAUUAUCCAGGCGUGGAGGCACAAAUUGGAGGUCCUCUCAGUCUGUGUAGCUUUCCGCCCAAGUAUGAGACACCUGAUAAUGAGGACAUUCAAGCCGUCAUCGAGCACAUACAAGGAUUAAAUUUAAAUUGAAUGACAUAUAAUUACAUUUACUUUUAGUUUAGAGAA